CUGCGGCUGGCUGGGGAGGUUGAACUGGUUUGACUGGUCCCUUGUACAGGCUUGGGGGGGAGCCAGCAGCCAGCACCCCUCUGCACGCCGGCGGGCGCGGGGCCCGGGUGCUUGUCGGUGCCCACCCGCCCAGGUCCCCGUGGGGUCCUCGUGGAACCGCGACAGCGUCCGGGCCAGACCUGGGGGUCCGUUUUGGGUGCUGGCUCCGCUCCGGGGUGGGGGACACGAACACAACCUCCCCCCCCGGCCUGUGGCAUCGGUAAACAGGAUACGAGCAGGCUGCGGUGAGGAGGCAGCGAGAGCAUCGCCCCAGCCCCGGCGGCAGCUGAGGGUCAGGAUGAUUCCCACCUCAAAGCAGCCCCAAGGUCUCUCUCCAGAUGCUGGCAUCGCUGGUGCAUGCCCGGCACGCUGAACCCCGCCGGCAGCACCCCCCUGCUUCUCGGCCGGCACCUGCGGCUGCCCCCGCAGUGCCCCCCGGCCCUGCCAUGGCGCUGGAGCUGGGGGCCGAGGCGCUGCUGGACCUGAGCUUCCUGACGGAGGAGGAGCGGAGAGCGAUCCUGGAGGUGCUGCGGCGAGACUGGCAGCUGCGGCGGCGCGAGGAGGGGCGCAUCAGCCAGCUCCGCAAGUCGGUGUCGGACCCGGCGCGGCUGAGGACCCUCACCGGGGAGUGGUUCUGCGACGCCCGCGCCCAGCGCCACCGGCACCACCUGGGCUCCGACCUCGUGCGAGCCUCCAUGCGCCGCAGGAGGAGACCCCGAGGAGCAGGGCACGUGGAUGGGCACAGCCUGGGCGAGCUGGAGGCCAUGGGUGAGCCGCUGGCAGAGGAGAAGGAGGAUGAGGAUGGUGUGACGGAGCCAGAGGAGAGCCCUGCUCCGGAGGAGGAGGCGCCGGCGGCUGCAGAGCCCCAGCCCAGCCCCACAGCCCCAGCUCUGGAGGAGCCGUCGGUGUCACAGCCCCUGCGACAAGCUGGCAGCGCAGCGAGGGAGCAGGACCCAGCCCAAGACCCCCCCCACCCAUACGCUGCCCCUGCAGGUGGGAACCCCUUUGGUACGUCCAGCGCUGAGGAAGAGGAGGAUGAGCUCAGAUCUGCACACAGUGGCCCUGAUGCUGGGCAGGGGGCAGGGACCCCCCAGGUGGAUGAGGGCUCCCCGGGGCAGCUGUCCCCACGGAACGGCCACGUCCCCCCGAGCCUGCUCACCACCAGCUCCUCCGUCUCCAGCCUCAGCUCCUCCACGCUGAGCAGCAGCCUGCGCAGCCUGUACAGCGAGGCGGAGCUGGGCGCCGUGGCCGUCAGGGGCUGCGUGCAGCUCUCGCUGCGCUAUGAGCCGGCGCAGAAGGAGCUGCAGGUCCACGUCCUGCGCUGCCGAGAGCUGGCCGAGGCCAAGAAGCAGCGCUCGGACCCGUACAUCAAGACCUACCUGCUGCCGGACAAGUCCAACCGCAGCAAGCGCAAGACCGCGGUGAGGAAGAGGAGCUUGGACCCCAUCUUCAACGAGACCCUCAAGUACAAGCUGGAGAAGAGAGACCUGCAGGGCCGGACCCUGAACCUCUCGGUGUGGCACCACGACAGCCUGGGCAGGAAUCUCUUCCUGGGGGAGGUGGAGAUCGCGCUGGGUGCCUGGGACUGGGCCAAUACCAGCCCUGAAUGGUUCAGCCUCCAGCCUCGGACACCAAUCUCCUCAGACGGCCUCCCCAGCCGGGGCAACCUCAACCUGGCACUGAAGUUCAUCCCUGCUGGCUCAGAAGGCGGGGGGAUGCCCCCCACGGGGGAGCUGCACAUCUGGGUGAAGGACGCCCAGAGCCUCAUCCCUCUGCAGGGUGGCACCGUGGAUGCCUUCGUGCAGUGCUACGUGCUGCCCGAUGACAGCAAGGGCAGCCGGCAGAAGACGCGGGUGGUGAGGAGGAGCCUGAACCCCCUCUUCAACCACACCAUGGUGUACGACGGCUUCCAGGCCAAGGACCUGGCCGAGGCCUGCGCGGAGUUCACCCUCUGGCACCACGAAGCCUUCUCCAAGCGCCAGCUGGGCGGCAUCCGGCUCAGCCUGGGCACAGGGAGCAGCUAUGGGCUGCCCGUGGGCUGGAUGGACUCCACGGCGGAGGAGCGCAGGGUGUGGGGCCGCCUGCUGCAGCAGCCUGGGCUCUGGGUGGAGGCACUGCUGCCCCUCCGCACCAACCUCGUCCCCCGGGCGUAGCCCCACAGCCACCCCCGCUGCCAGCAGGACUGUGGCACUCGGGGUGGCAUCACUGUGUGGGGCGGGGGGCUGUGCCCCGCACCCUUUGGGCGGCAAUGAAGGGGCACCGGAGGGCA